CUCUCCCACACGCUGAGACCUGACUGAUCCUUGGGUUCAAGGCAAGGAUGCGGGAAAUCGUGCACAUUCAGAUUGGCCAGUGUGGCAACCAGAUCGGAUCCAAGUUCUGGGAGGUGAUCGGAGAAGAACAUGGGAUUGACCCUGCUGGGGGCUACUGUGGGGCCUCCGCCCAGCAACUGGAGCGGAUCAGCGUGUACUACAAUGAAGCCUACGGUAAAAAGUAUGUGCCCCGCGCUGUCCUUGUGGACCUGGAACCUGGGACGAUGGAUAGCAUCCGAUCCAGCAGAUUAGGAGCCCUCUUUCAGCCUGAUAAUUUUGUUCAUGGUAACUCAGGAGCUGGUAACAACUGGGCCAAGGGCCACUACACCGAGGGAGCAGAGCUGAUCGAGAGCGUCCUGGACGUGGUGAGGCGGGAGAGCGAGAGCUGCGACUGCCUUCAGGGUUUCCAGAUCGUGCACUCUCUGGGUGGGGGCACCGGCUCAGGCAUGGGCACCUUGCUCAUGAACAAGAUCAGGGAGGAAUACCCAGACCGGAUCCUUAACUCCUUUAGCGUCAUGCCGUCCCCCAAGGUGUCCGACACGGUGGUAGAGCCCUACAAUGCCGCCCUGUCCAUCCACCAGCUGAUUGAGAACACAGAUGCCUGUUUCUGCAUCGACAACGAGGCACUCUACGACAUUUGCUUCCGCACCCUGAGGCUGACGACACCCACCUACGGCGACCUCAACCACCUGGUGUCCUUGACCAUGAGUGGCAUCACGACUUCCCUACGGUUUCCCGGCCAGCUCAACGCGGACCUGCGCAAGCUGGCGGUGAAUAUGGUGCCCUUUCCUCGUCUCCACUUCUUCAUGCCGGGCUUCGCUCCACUCACGGCCCAGGGCAGUCAGCAGUACCGAGCCCUCUCGGUGGCUGAGCUCACCCAACAGAUGUUUGAUGCCCGCAACAUCAUGGCUGCCUGUGACCCUCGCCGCGGUCGCUACCUGACUGUGGCUUGCAUCUUCCGGGGUAAGAUGUCCACUAAGGAAGUAGACCAACAGCUGCUGUCUGUGCAGACGAGGAACAGCAGCUGCUUCGUGGAAUGGAUUCCCAACAACGUCAAGGUGGCUGUGUGUGACAUCCCACCCCGCGGGCUGAACAUGGCAGCUACCUUCCUGGGUAACAAUACAGCCAUCCAGGAGCUCUUCACCAGGGUCUCCGAGCACUUCUCGGCCAUGUUCAGAAGGAAAGCUUUUGUGCACUGGUACACCAGCGAAGGGAUGGACAUAAGUGAAUUUGGGGAAGCUGAGAGUGAUAUCCAUGACCUGGUAUCUGAGUACCAACAAUUUCAAGACGUCAAAGCAGGGCUGGAGGAGAGCGAAGAGGACAGGGAGGAAGAGGAGGCAGAAAUGGAGGCAGAAGAUAAGGAACAUUAGCCAGGAGAGAGGCUACAGGGCAGCCAUUUUCUGUAAUUUCUCCAAAGACCUGUGGCUGUCCUGAAGCCCUUGGAGCCUGCCCUCCCUUUGCCAAGGGGAGGGACAACAGGUGUAGGUGGUAGUGAUGGUUGGGCGUGGCAGGGCCUUUGGCAGCCACUACGUCAUCACGUGAUUGUGCUUCUCUUUAAGCAGCAAGCGAAUUGACUGUAGUGAGCCAGCUUGUUUUUUAGUAGCUAUAGGUAGACCCCUAGAAGAAGCUUGCCAGGAGUCCUUUGCAGCGCAUGGUCCCUCUCCAACCCUUUAGCAGCGUUGUUGAGUACCCGAUAACCAGGGCAGCUCUGAGUCCCCCUUUCCCAAACCCAGCAAGACCUGGUGUCUGAAGGGUGUGCGGGAGGCUCAGGGCCAAGGGAAGUGUGAGUCCACCUCCAUGACUGCACUGUGUAGCCCUUCUGUGCCCCUCGACAGGCUGGCUGGAAGAAGACAAAGGGAAGCCAGAGAAGCCAUGCUUCGCCUCUGAGCUCCCGCCGUCCAAAGCCUAGGGAAACAAAGCAUUCCCGUCCUCGGACCCUGGUCUCCCAGUAACUGGCUCCCAACGCAUUUCUCUGUGUUUCUCGUUAGAACUAGACGCCAGUGUUCACUAAUGACUGUCCUGGUUUUCCUCCCAAAGGCUGUCCGUAGAUGCUCUUUAUUCCCCUCAGCAGUCACCUCUGCAGCUCUUGUUCAGCCUCUCCAUUCUCUGGGAAGGGGCACGAGGCAUGCCCGGCAACCAUUUGGAUGCAGGAACGCAGCCGCAAUGCCGCAGUGUCCUCCUUGGUGACAGCGGACAUGGGCUCAUUAGGGAACUUUAUAGUUCAGAUUAAUUUGCAGAAGUUGCCAUGGAUGUUUGCAGGAUGACACAGCUUUAACCACUGCAGCUGUAACCUCACAUGACGACAGGACUGAACACACAGGAGCCCAGGCAGCCUUCCGUAACCUCUUGGCUGUAGUCUACCUAGGUCCGAGGUGCGUGGGGUCUCAGUGGUCUGCAGCUGUCACGGAGGAGCUCUUUGACCUCUCCAAAGGGAAUUGUUUGCGUGAAAGUGGGUCCUAGUGUCUUGGUUUGUCCCUAUGGUGCUGGGGAUGGAACCUAGGGCCUUGUCACCAGCUACUCUCCGGGGCCUGUUUAUAACCAAUACUGAAUUGGCAGGUGGGCGGCAGUCUCUUCACUUAGGCACCGGGAAGAAAUAAUUACAGUUCACAGCGCGAGCAAUCAGGCCCCAUUGUUGGUGUGACUGACCAGGCUCCUGUUUAUUUUAAAUACUUUCCACUUUGGUAUGGAUUGAGAAGCACGAGCUGAGCGUUAGAGCUGUACCUCCCCUUUCUUCCUUAGAUGCUAACAAGGUUUACAGCCCACCACUCUGCAGGAGUCUGCUGCAUGCUUACUGGGAUGCCUUCAUUCUAGCCUGUGAAAGGUGAUCCCACAGAUGCAAAAAGAGGCCUCAAUUCUAACUUUUUUAAAAUUUAUGACUGUUUAUACUUGCUCACUAAGUCAUUGAAGUG